AUGAAGACAAGGAUUUUAGAUUACUACAACUUGCAUAAGGACCCGUCAUGGCCCGAGCGUAAUUAUAAUGCAGUCAAUUGCCGUUUCACUGUUAUUUCAGCGGCCACAAGCAAGUUUUGUGGAUGUCUUCAGCAGAUAUUAAACCUGAAUGAAAGUGGAAGGACUCUCAACCAGAAGCAAACAGAUGCUGAACUCCUGUACAUGUCUUUGGAUCCUGAAAAGAAGCCAUUCAAACUAAUGCAUUGCUAUGUAGAGUUUGAGAAGUACCCAAAGUGGGCGACACGUACAGUUCCUCAGAAAAAACAAAAGAAAACCUCCGAUGCAAGUCCAGGUUCAACCUCCAAUGAUGAAGAUUUUGUGGUAUGCACAGAUGCUUUAGAAAACGAGAAAAGACCUCGUGGUACCAAGUAUGCGAAAGAACAAAGAGAUAAAGCCUCCGAUGGUAGUGCUGUCAAGUUGUCAUUGGAAACCGUAUGGGCACAGAAGUUAGAGAAAGAUGAUAUCAAAGAGGCGGCAAAGAGUGCUCGCUAUGCACUAGCAUUUGAGUUGCAAAAAAAGCAGAUUGAAUUGAAAGAGAGGGAGGAUGCAAGGCAAGAGAGGGAGGAUGCACGGCAAGAGAGGGAGGAUGCACGAAAACAGUUUGAAUUGGAAGAGAAAAUCAUGCUCACGGACACUAGUGGUAUGAAUGCUGCACAACAGCAAUUCUACAAAGGCAAGCAGGAUGAGAUCAUCGCUCGCCGACACCACUAGUUUAUGUAUGAUAGCUUCCUACUACAUUAGCUGU